CUCUCUCGCGUUCGCGAGCUCGCUCGUUUCCUCCGUCGACGAAGGUAGAUAGGGAAAAAGGCGAGCUAUGAAGAUCACGGUGGAGAGCAGCGAUGGCUUCUCGUUCGACAUUCAGGCACGGCCGAACGACUCGGUUGCUGAUGUAAAGUGGAAUAUAGGGAAGAGAUGUGGGCAAACUCUUUAUCCAGUUCAGGAUCAGAAGCUCAAAUAUGGAGAGAAAGUUCUUAAAGAUGAUACUACGUUGAAGGAUAAUAAUAUCCGUGACAAUUGCUCUAUUUACUUGACGCGAGUGAUUCCACCCAGACCUUCUAGAGUUUCAUCUACCACCACUUCUACUACAACUGUGGUUCCAUCUUCAAAUUCUGUGCCUCCGAGCUCUACGAAUCCAGAUUCAACUCCAUCUCCACUUACAACAGUAACAGCAAACUUAGAUGUCCACAGUGCAAAUCUUCCUGCUGGCAGUAGCUUUGAUUUAACCAUUCAAAGCUUUGAUAGUGAUAUUCGUGAGGGGGCUUCGAGGAGAAACGAUGUUGAUCGUUCUUCAUGUGAUGCAUUUGAAAACACUAUAAAAAGGGCUCUUCGAUACCAACCUACAGUUGUACCUGCACAUGUGGGAGAUUCGCCCGUGGCUUCUCAAUUAGCACAGUUGGCAGCUGUCCAAGCUUCUCAACACACACAGACUGCAGCUGAAGCUUCUCAACCCACACCCCCUGCACCCCCUGCACCCGAAGCUGUACCUGCACAUGCGAGAGAUUCACCAGUGGCUUCUCAACUAGCACAGUUAGCAGCAGUCCAAGCUUCUCAACACACACAGACUGCAGCCGAAGCUUCUCAACCCACACCCCCUGCACCCCCUGCACCCGAAGGUAUACCUACACGUCAUAGAGUUCUAGCACAGAUUGCAGCAGUCCAAGCUUCUCAACUCGUACAAGCUGCAUCUGAAGCUUCUCAACCUGCUACCCCUCCAUACAAAUAUAAGGGUACGCCUGCACGUGCAAGACUUCUAAUGCAUCUUGCUGCAGGCCAAGCUCCUCGAUGCAAACAGACUGCAGCCCAAGCUUCUCAACCCGCACCACCUGCACCCGCUGCAGCUGAAGGUUUACCUGCAUGUGCAAGAGUUUCAUUAGUCGCUUGCCCACAGACAAGCAGUUCAGCAGCUGAUGCUCCACUCCUACCAUCUCUUGUAUCACAGCUUGCAGCAGCCCAAGCAUCGCAACCAGCACCCCCUGCACCCAAAGUUAGUGAGGUCAAUGCCACUCCUUUGAAUCUGUUCCAGGAUAUUCAUUACAGAGGGCUUGACCAUGUGAAAGACAAUCCACAGCUCCGAGCAUCGCGGGCUUUGGUGCAAGCAAAUCCUCACAUCCUAGAGCCAAUGCUUGAGGAGUUGGGUAGACAAAAUCCUGACGUUAGGCAGAGUAUUCAGGAUAAUCUAGCUGAGUUUAUGCAAGAUAUGCUUCAACUUUCUCAGAGACCAGUGGGCAAUUUAACAAACCAGUCAGCUGAUGCAAUUCCUCAAGAAAUUACAUUUACCUUAGAGGAGCGUGAAGCCAUUGAUCGGCUUGAAGCGAUGGGUUUUGACAGGAAGAUGGUAGUGCAAGUCUUCAUCGCUUGCAACAAGGAUGAGGCGCUGGCUGCACACAGUCUUUUGAACAAUCAUGACUGAACUUGAACAUGCAUGACAGAACUUUGGGCAGCUUUUGUUUUGUGUGGACAAAUAAUCUGAUUAGAAGAUAAUAGUACCUUACAAACACUGCCAUUAUUCUUUUCUCCUUUUCAGCCUUUUUUUUUUUCUCUUAGAUUUUAGCGUUUGGUGAUUGGUUGCUUUGAUGUGGACUUUGAAAAUAUAAUGUGACAUUUGAGGACGCACUAUUAGUGUUGCAGAAUAUUCUCAAAUGCUGCUUUGUGGGGCUUAGAUUCUUAACUCCUAACAGGAUCUUUUUAUC